UAUCCGGCGAGUUUGAGAACGGCGGCUGCAGCCAGCUGUGCGUCAACACGGAGGGGAGUUACCGGUGUGCGUGUAAACAGGACUACCGGCUCGCCAACGACAGCAAGACAUGUGUUCAAACAGCCUCUGUCACGGACACUCCCAGACCGGAAGUGCAUCUGGAGCACAUUCCAACCAAGGACAGGUGCACUGCCAGCUGCAACCAGGUGCAGAUCGUGGAAGAGAAGAUGACAAAACUCGAGAGAAAGUUUGACGUUUUCACCACCACCUACAAACCGCCGAAAACGUCUGCGUUAAAAGACGGUCCCGUCGCUGCGCUGGAGCUGGCGGUACCUGCGCCGCCCGGCCCCGAGGGACCCGUGGGACCCCGCGGGCCGCCAGGCCGAACCGGACCGGAGGGACCCGCUGGAACUCACGGGGACACGGGCCCUCAAGGCCCGCCCGGACCCAGAGGGCUACCCGGUGUGCCCGGGCCGCCCGGACCUGCCGGACCGGUGGCAAAACCCAAACGGGGAAGGAGGGGGCCGAUCGGCAAAACCGGUCCUCAAGGGAUUCAGGGACCAAAGGGUGAAAGGGGAGCGCCGGGACCAAGAGGGCUACCCGGUGCUCCGGGAUCCUUCGAGUUCCUGCAGCUGAUGUUCUCGGACCUGCGCAGAGAGGUGGUGGAGCUGCAGCGGGCGGUGUUCGGCGCCGAGCGCGCGCAUGCGCACGUGCCCGUGACGUCAUCGGUAGGCACUGACGGGCCGGCGGAGACAGACGGCGGACGCGACAGGUUACCAGACGCGGGGGAGAACCAGGUCGACUUUACGGACCAUGGUUCGGGAGAGGAAGAACAGAAUACUGCUGCGGAGUAGAUUAUCAUAUUAUGUUUGUAUUAGAUUUAUCAUUAAUUAAUCAUUGAUUAAACAUCUGUGUCUGAUUGAGGUUGCCCUAGCAGACAGACUAGCAACAAGACAGAUCAUCGGACACGGGGCAUUUUACGGACCACGGGUCGGGACAGGAAGAACAGAACACCCCUGAGGACUAGAUGCUGUUGAACCCGAUUUAUACGAAGUGUGCGACCUUCGAAAACAGCAGGAUUUUUGUCUGGGUCUUUCAUUUGGGUCACGGAACUGUAAAAAAAAACCC